UUGAUUUUUAUCAUGGCUAAAAAUGAUUUGAAAAUAUUAGGAGCAUGGCGUAGUCCAUAUGUUAUGAGGCCUCGUAUUGCUCUUAACAUCAAAUGUUUAGCCUAUGAUUUCUUGGAGGAACAGUUAAGUUCUAAGAGUGAUCUUCUGCUUGUAUGAAAUCCAGUUUACAAGAAAAUUCCAGUUCUAAUUCAUGAUGGAAAUUCCAUUUGUGAAUCACUCAACAUUGUUCAGUAUAUUGAUGAAAAAUUGACUAAUUCUGGUCCCUCUAUUCUCCCCUUGAAUCCUUAUGAUCGUGCCAUUGCUCGAUUUUGGGCAUGUUAUAUUGACGAUAAGUGGUUUCCAUUAUUCCGUUCCUUCGCGGUUGCCCAAGGAGAGGAUGCCAUAAAGACAGCACUAGAGCCAGUGUUCGACGGUCUGGUGUUGUUGGAAGAUGCCUUCAAGAAUUGCAGCAAAGGAAAGAAGUUCUUUGGCGGAGACAAAAUUGGAUACGUGGACAUUGCACUUGGCUGCUUCUUAGGUUGGAUGAGGGUGAUCGAGAAGAUGAACAACGUCACACUACUUGACGAAGCCAAGACUCCAGGUUUAUACAAUUGGGCUGAAGAUUUUAGUGCUGAUAGUUCUGUCAAAGAUGUCAUGCCUGAAACUAAUAAGCUUGCUGAGGCUGCUAAGAACCUUAUACCCAAAAUUAGAGCUAAUGCAUCUAGAUAAAUCCAUACGCCACGUUUAGCCUAUGAAGCCUUAUUCUUAAUCUCUAGAGUCUAGCUAAGACCAUAUAUGGAAAUAACAUUUGGUAUUGUGUAAAACUACUAAGAAAUGAGUACUAUGAAGCCAAGAUCUACUAUUUAUUGGUUAAACCUUUAUGUGUUUAUUUCUGUUUUGGAACUUGAAAUUUUCUAAACCAAACAGAGUUCAGAAACUUACUGAGCUGAAAACGUAUAUACAUUCGUGUUGAGUUACAACACAAUCAAACCCGAAAACUUUUACAUAGAGAAGUAUACUUAGACUUCUCGCUUAUCAUAUAUGGAGUUUACAUAUACUCCUCGCAUAUGAAGUUUACAUAGGGUGCCUUACGCAACAUAGAGGACAGUAACUUUAGUUUCUGACUUGAACACCCGGGGUGCCUGCUGCCUCCAAGAUGUGGCUUUCCCUGGGCAAAGAGAAUCUUGCUGAUCCUACAUUGUUCGUCUAACAUACAAACAGAAAAUAAUUAUGCAUAAAAUACAUAUUUGUUUAUCAUAUGAUUAAGAUAUUAGUACUAAAAUACUAAAAAUUGAUGGUACCAUUAUGCUGUAUGAGUAGGAUGAUGAUGUAGUUUUGGAGCUUUAUGGUUUAUAAGAUGCCUUUACAAAGAAAAAGAUGCCAACUAACUCUUGGUAUUUUAAGUCAAAUUGUACAUCUGUGUUUAAGAGACCAUGAGAAGAAUCGAUGUGAAUAUAGUGGCGGAUUCAGAAUUUUUAAAUGAAUGAGCAUAGUACAACAUGUUGAUCCCACCUAUAAUAUUGUUUAUUUGGUAGUUAGAACAAACCAGCAUAAAUUACUAGAUAGAACUUAUGUGCAAGAAGCAUUAAAAACUCUGCUUAUUAGUCAUUCUUUCAAUAUUUGUUGUUGAAGAAGCUAGUCAUGGCAACAAAUAGUGUAAAGCUUCUAGGUACAUGGGCAUGCCCGUAUGUGUAUCGCGUUGAAAUAGCCCUCAAGAUGAAGUCUAUUGAGUAUGAGUUUAUACAAGAACGUGUGUUUAACAAAAGUGAGUUGCUUCUCAAAUCCAAUCCUGUUUACAAGAAAAUCCCAGUUCUGUUCCACGACGAGAAGCCUAUCUGUGAGUCCCUUGUCAUCCUUCAGUACAUCGAUGAAGCUUGGCUUAACGGUCCCUCCAUUCUUCCUUCUGAUCCCUAUGAUCGUGCCAUAGCACGAUUUUGGGCAGCCUAUAUAGAUGAAAAGUGGUAUCCAUUGGUAGCGGAUUAUAGGAACGUGGAAGGAAAGGAAGCAAAAGCAGCUAUGGUGGAGAGAAUUUCUGAAGGGACUUUGCUGCUGGAGGAAGCUUUUAUCGACAUGAGCAAAGGUAAAUCUUACUGUGGUGGAGAUAGUAUUGGUUAUGUUGACAUUGUUUUUGGUAGUUUACUCGGAUGGGUUAAGGUAAUCGAGAUCGUGGAUGAAUUGAAGAUACUAGACGAAACAAAGACGCCUAGCCUAGCUGAAUGGGAUGAGAAAUUUUGCUCAGACAACGUCGUAAAGAGUAUCAUUCCACAGGCUGAAAAACUUGUGGAAGUUUAUCACAAGUAUGUCGAGUUGAAGAAAGCUAACUCGAGUUAAUAAUGUUGCUGGUUUUUCUUUAUCUGUGCUUUGAAAAAUAAUAAAAGACGUUUGUUAUCAAAAAUACUACGUUCAGUUGAACUCGUAUAUAUCAUCUAAGGUUCAUCCCCCUUUUGAAUAGUUCUAAUAAAAUUUGCUUCAGAUCA